GGAGCCGUGCGCGCUCGGGUUUCGGCGGGGAAAGCUUAGGCGCGGGGCCCAGCCCGGAGACUUCCGGUUCCUCCUGGGUGCCGGGCCGCGGUCGCCAUGGAGGAACCCGAGAUGCAGCUCAAGGGGAAGAAAGUGACGGACAAGUUCACCGAGAGCGUCUAUGUCCUGGCCAACGAGCCCUCCGUGGCGCUGUACCGGCUGCAGGAGCACGUGCGCCGCUCCCUGCCCGAGCUGGCCCAGCACAAGGCCGACAUGCAGCGCUGGGAGGAGCAGAGCCAGGGCGCCGUCUACACCGUGGAGUACGCCUGCAGCGCCGUGAAGAACCUGGUGGACAGCAGCGUCUACUUCCACAGCGUCGAGGGGCUGCUCAAGCAGGCCAUCAACAUCCGAGACCACAUGAACGCUGCCUCCCAGGGCCACAGGUAGCACCGGCGCCGCCCGCCCGGCCAGCUCCACGGCGUCCCGCCCCGGAGACCUCGCCUUCCUCGUCACAGGGCGGCUGGUGGCUUCCGCCUGUCCUUUGGCAUCGGCGCUGCGCAGAGCCCAAGUCCUGCCGUGUGCCAGCUUCAGAGCUGGGGCCACAGCGGUGACCAGGACAGGAAGGUACACGGGGACGCAGCAGCCGAGGGACCCGGAGCACUCCAGCCUGGCUGCCAGGGAGCAGGGGACACCCGAACACCAGCGGCGUGGCCUGGCCGACACACACGUGACCGCGUCGUGCUGGGGCAGCGCAGGUGCAGAGGCCACAGCACGGGCGUGGGGGCGACGCAGCCGGGCGAGUGCCUGCGGAGAGCCGGGGUCGGGGAGGGGGUGGGGCCCUGCGCGGAGAUGCCGGAGCCCAGGCCCACAGCCUUUGCUGUCUUCGUUAUAACUUUAUUUUGGGUUUUUCGAGACCCAGUCUUGCAGUGUAGUUCAGGCUGGUCUUGAGCUCACGGCAAUCCUCCUGCCUCAGCUUCCCGAGUGCUGGAAUGACAGACGUGUACCACCACACCCACCCUCAUUAUCAUUAAAUAAAUGCACAUCUGAGCACACA